UCCUUUCUCUCUAUAUAUAUUUCAAUUCCCCACAGCCCCCUCCCACCCCAACAAACUCAAUUCUAUCACCCUCAAUUCCCAUAAAUUUAUUCUGAUCAAUAUUAUUAUUAAUUCUCUAUAUUUGUUUAUUUUGGUCAUAAAUUAUGGGGUUUGGAAGGUUAAUUAUUGUUGGUUUAGUGAGUGUUAUGGGUUUAGCUAUGGUCUGUUCAUGUGAAGCUCGGAAAUUUUAUGUUGGUGGCAAAGAUGGUUGGGGUUUGAACCCUUCUGAAAGCUUCAAUCAUUGGGCUGAACGUAAUAGGUUUCAAGUCAAUGAUACUCUUUAUUUCAAGUACAAAAACGAGACAGAAUCGGUGUUGGUUGUAAGCAAAGAAGAUUAUUUUUCAUGCAACACCAAAAACCCAGUUAUUUCCUUGAAAGAAAAUAAUGGUGAAUCAGUCUUCAAAUUUGGUCACUCUGGUCCUUUUUAUUUCAUCAGUGAAAAUGGUGAUUCGUGUCAAAAGGGUCAAAAGCUCAUUGUUGUGGUUCUCGCUUUGACACAUAAUAAACAUCACCAAGCUCAGUCUCAGCCCCCACAUUCUUCCUUUCCUCCGGUGGCGCCUCCCUCGCAAUCCCUAAGCCCCACCGCUGAGUCACCGGAAAAAUCUGGAACCGCGCCGGCUCCGGCCAAGAGUUCUGCCUCCGGCCGAGGUGGAGUUGCAUUCAGUUUGUUGGGUGUAGCGAUGAUCAAUGUUGUUGUUCUUUUAGUGUGACUUUUUUUUUUUUUUUUUAAUUAGUUUUUGAAAUUGAGUUUUAAUUUGGGUGUUUUUUUUGGGGUCUACAUUUUGUAUCCAUUCAAGAAUUUGUUUGAAAUUUGUCAAUGUUGAUGGUGAAUUAUCAUAAUAUCACAACUCUA